AUGGCGCCAUUCUCCGCCUAUGGCAAGUGCGGAGAUGAUGCGCUGGCCGCAUGCUCUCCAGCUGAGCAGAGGGAUGCCAUAGCGGCACUGGCAAAGCAGGCGCUCGCAUUGGCACCGGCUGUGGGCGGUGAUUCCGCCAUUGCUGCGGGCGUCGCCUGCGUAGCAGCAGGCAUCGACACCUUCCCGGACCAACCAUGGCUGCCAGUGAUCGAGGCUUCUGGCGGGAUGCCCGCGCAGCUGUUUGCCAUUGACCCUUCGGUUGAGCAGCGCCUGAACGCGGCAUUGAAGGAUAGUCGUCAGGAGCAGGAGGAGAUCCCGAUGGCGGAGACUCCAGCACUUGAAGAUUGCGAAGCAUCAUCCGUUUCUUCACCAGCAAAGGCAACUGGCGCCCCAGAAAGUUCCAGCCCCGUGCAAGGGGUCCUCACAACACCGCAGCGCCGGCCCAGCAGUGGACCCUCCCCGCAGACACCAAGCCCGGGCAGUGAGAAACGCAGCCUCACCGGGGGAGCGGUGAGUGCAGCUCUGGCUGCGCAGUCCGCCAAGAAAGCCAAGAAGUUACGAGCGGUGUGA